AUGGGUCCAACAUUAGAUAUUCAACGCCCGCCAUAUCCUACGGCAGAAACAGUUAUCGACUCUGAGGACGAACUGGAUAGCCUUCACGAAAGAAUUACAGUUGGAAACCACAAACCUAACAAAGGUGGAUUGGAUACAUGGGUCAACAAGCCAGCGCAUAAGAGGAACAAAAGCGACGAGAAGAACAAUAAUAUUGGUAACAGUCGUACGGGAGCUGGCAAGGAAAAGAACAAGAGAUGGAGCCUGGGAGUCCCGCCGUUGACGGUGAAUACUUCUGAGAAGCGCCAACAACCGCAGGGAAGGAUUAGGACUAUGUCAAUGUCUGAGGCUACGAGACAGGGAUUCGCAGCCAGUGAAAAGCCAACUCACAUCCUGACGAGCCUUCCUUCGUCGUCGUCCUCCAAGCUGGACUCCAGCAAGAACUCGAACAAUCAUUCGCUGCCCACUCCGGCUGCCAGCCCAUCAUCCACCACGCCCCCAAUCGACUCCAAGAUUGGGCCUAUCAGCAGCAGCAUCUCUACGUCAGCAUCUGCUAGCUCUCAAGUUACUAACCUUGCUGCAAAGUUUUCCGCUGCAGCUGCACAGGUGCAUUCCAAGAACAUCUCUUCGUCGUCGGGGCCGUCGACCACAGGCAGCCCUAAUCUUAAUUUGAAUCGCCCGCGCCCGCGAUCUUAUUCUGCGUACCCCUCUAGUGCUUCAUAUCCCUCUGAGACUUUGAUAUCUGGUCUUCAUAAACCUCCCACGCCCGUCUCCAUAUCCGAGGACGACGAAGGCGAAAGCGAAAGCGAAAGCAAGAAUAGAAGCUCACACCACCUAGCCAUGCCUGCAUUAAAAAAGCCGCAGAAGGCGGGCCAGCCAGUUCCACUGGCCCCCUCAUCCGUAGUCUCUGCUUCAUCCGGUUCAUCUUCCCCCUCAGUGUCGUCUGGCUCGUCAGGUUCCUCUCUUGAACAAGACUCUUCCAGACUAGCAAAUUUUAGAAAGUUAUCCGGUCUCCAAACUCAGAAUAAUGGAUACUUCGCUUCUGUAAGCGACGAGGCCCAAUCUCCGAUGCCAGAAGCCCCGGCCCCACCGUCAAGAGGCUCUGCCGCCACUUCUGAAGCCUCGAGCUCCGAAGGUAUGAAGUCUGGCGAACCAAAGCAAGGCUUCGCUCCACAAAACUCUGUUCCAACUCCAAAGUCCGCAGUCCCACCGACAAAGAAUAACGUUAAUACUCGACCACCUGCCCAUAGCCGGACUUACUCUAAUGCUACAGUGACUGGUCCCGAAUAUGAUCAAGAUGCAUACGGCCAGGAUGCUUACGGUGCUUACCAAUAUCCGCCACUUAACCGCAAGAGGAAUUCCUUCUCAAGCAGUGCAAGUCGACAAACUGCUAUCGCUGGUGUCGCUCAAGGUGCCCCAGCUGGUUUAGGACUUGAUGCUAGUGUUUUCGAGUUCCUUGACGAAGGCGAAGAAGAUGAAGCCGCUCAGGAAGAAGAACACCAGGCUGCUUCUGAUGUAUCGGCGCCAAUUCCUGAACCGUCUCCAGUCCCUCCCCGACAGGCUCCAGCUCCUCCACGACAGACUCCAGCUCCUCCUAGACAGACCCCAGCUCCAGAACCUCGGCCGAAGACUCCAGUAAAACCAGCCAGCCCCAAGAAAGCCACUCCGACAUCUGCACUUCCCCCACGGGCCACGCCUGCGCAUCCUCAAGAUCCUUACUUUUCUUCCCCACAGGCUUACGGUGCAUACGGCGCCUAUCCGAUGCACUACGAUCCCUACAUGUCAACGGAAGCUGUACCAGUAGAUCCAACUCUCCAACCGGCUCCGCCAAUGCCUCCCAUGGUCGACCCUUACAAGAGCCUUCCUAACGAAGCUCCCGACAAUGCUAUGGUCCAUACCCCGCAAAAAUCUCAUUUCAAGGAGUCUGUGCAUGCUCGUCGGGCGGCUGCAGCAGCCGCAGCGGAAGCGCAGGCAACCGUCGAAGCAACCGAGAUCGAGGAAUACCACGAGGAUGAUUAUCCUGCUUACUCUUCAUACGUUUCACCACAAGCACCACCAUCAUAUCGCGGUCGCCCACGCAUGCCACCCAACCAACGUGCUCCUGCCCCACCACCACCUCCACCUCCACAAGCCGCACACGAUAUGUAUGGUGGGUACCCUCCGCAUCCACCACCACCUCCACCACAAAGAAACUUUCAAGAAGCAUAUCCACCACCGCACCCGCACCCGCACCCGCACCAGCCUUACAGACAACAAGCGCCACCACAACAAAGAAACCCAAUGUAUGGUCCUGGACCCCAGUACAACAUGCGAGGCCAGCGCCCACCACCACCUACUUCUAGCCUCAACGGUGGUUAUGGGAAGAGCUUCGGUGGUAGUCAAGUUAGCAGCUACUCUCCCAACUUUAGUUCCAUGCUUAACUCCAACGUCUCCGAGAUGGCCACAACUGUUCUUGGUGGGCGAUGGAACCACAUGGGGGCUAGACAACAUGCUCCUAGCAAUCUCAGUAUGGCUUAUAAUCAACCUGGGUAUGAUGACUACUAUGGAGGUUACGAAGGAUACUACGACCAGGGCCAAUAUCACCAAGAGGAACCGGAGUACGAAGAACCACACAGCAUUCCGUCUGCUAGCCCACAAUACGCUAAACGUCGACCAAACUCUGGUGAAUUCGGAACACCCAACAAGAGGAACAGCAUCCAUGGCCAAUGGACCGCAGAGUGGGCCGACACGGAUAGUGUCAAAGGCGGUUCCCGACCACCCACCGACAGGAUCCCGGACGGGCCUUCCCGCGAAGAAUUCGAACUUGGAAAAGAUGGCAAUGAUGACCAAAGUUGGGCCAAACCCGCAAAGACUCGAAGACGCAACACUAUCACUCCCAACAAACAAACCAUGUUUAGUUCCAACUUUUCUGAUACCUCGUCCGCGAAACUUACUAGCGCUGCUAGCAGUCGCAUGCAACCGCUUUCUGAGGCAGAUAUCAAAUCUGAAGCCAGCAUGGAACAAAGUCAUCCUCGUCAGCCGCCAUCUAUCAACACCAGUCUCCCCAGCAAGCAAAAACAUGGUCUUCCCACACCAGAAGACAGCCCUCCAGCGAUCAAGCCAUGCCGCGCUCAGUCCCGUCCUCCUACUCGACACUCUUCUGUGGCUGGAUCAUUUUUGUCUAAGAACGCUGCUUUGACUACCAUCCCAGUCGCCCUUGGAUACCCUCACUUGUCCAAUCACUUGGCUGUUACUCCUAACUCCGCCAUGUAUCGCCGUUUUGACAACCUCAACCAUCGCAUCUUGCUCCACCUUCAGGAUGAGAUUUGCGAACUCGAAUCGAUUCUUGAAGGCCUUGAUAAUGCAGAGCAGGGCAGCGGUGGAGGUGCUGGUCUACGAACCCGCCGAGGCCUCAACCAGACAGGUCACAGAGCCCCUGGUCCUCUUGAUGAGAGAUCUGCUCGCCGCCUGGAGCUGAUGGGAGCCAUCUUCGUCAAACUUCAACAAUAUAAUAACGCUUUGGCUGCUUAUGCAAAGAUCCUUAAUGAACUCCCUGGAGCAACUAAUGAGAGCGUGAGAGAGUACCGUGAAUGGAUGACUCUUCAUCAGCCAGUUGUGCCUGAGGAAAUGGACUUCGUCUUCAAGGCGAAUGACUUCUCCAAUCUCAUCAAUGAUGAACCAACUUCUACCCCUAUGCGAGUUCAUAUUCCAUCCGCUCGUUCUUCUCGUUCCCCAUCGUUCACCUCGACUCAAAAGCCUAGCCUGCCUGUUGAGGGUGUCCUCGGCGUCCUCGACACUCUCAUUACCUGGAUUAUGAAGCAAGAAACUCCAGUCCAACUGGGCAUUCUUGCGGGUAUCUUCUUCCUCAUGCCUCUUCUACUCUUCCUCUGUGUUUCUACUUGGUUCGGAAUGUUUAUGGUUAUGACCGCCUGCACCGCAGGUUUCGCCUUCUGCGCUAAGGACUUGUUGGGCGAUGCCAUCAAGGGCAAGGCCUCAAAGCCCGUGGACGGGAAAUCUGAUGCCACGACAAUGAAUAAUACGCCCGUUGGAACGAAAGCAUAA